AGCUACAUUCAUAUCUAUUAAAAAAGAACAAAAUAAAAAUUUUUGAAAUAAUUAAUACGAUUUUAACUUUAGUCUAUUAGACAGUUAGGAUAGACAACUAAUCUUUACUGCAUUUGAUUGUGUCAUAAACAAAAGAAAGAUAAAGUGAACGUCUUCAUGAAACCGCCAUUGUCAUAAGAAUGAAGACUUUUUCUAAGGAUUCCAAGUGGUCACUAACAUUAAACAAAACAAAAAAAUCAAUUCCUAUUCAUUUAGCUGUUGUCACAACCAAACCAUUGGCGGGGAACAUGAUUUCUCACAUUUAUUAUAACGGAAUUUUAUAUUCAACAUUAUUUAAACAAUCAUUUAGUUGAUUGUUGCUCGAAAUUGAAAGGAAGGAAAAUUAAGCCAAAGUGGUGGUGUGAAUGUAGUUCAAAAAAAUUUACCACAAUAUAUUGAUUUUCGAUUCAGCUUGAAUUAUGGUUGUUGUAACCAAAAGAAAAAGAAAAUACCCCAAUACAAAAAAUUAUGUCAUUCUUUACAAAAGAAUAAAGAAAAAAAAAGCAAGAGUUUAACUACUAGUUAAGAAAAAAAAUGUUGCAAAAGAACAUGAUUUUCAAUGUUAAAUAGUGAUGUAAUGACGUAUUUUAACAAUAGACUAAAAUUUUAAGUUGCAUUUUUUAUAUUUUCAAAGGAUGAAGAAAAGAUGUUUUCGUUUUUAUGCCAAAAGUCGAUGACACUGCAACACAUGCAAAUACAAACAUGUAAUAAGUAGUACAUACAUACAUACAUUCGGUGUACAUAUAAACAUUAAGUAUACUAUGUAGAUCUGCAUAUAGUGUAUCUUUUUAUCAUGUUUGAAAAUCAACACAAUUUUAUUUUGUAUUUUACUUGAGGAUUAUUUAAUUUCAUUUAUUAUGUAUUUGUAACUCUGCAGUCAUGUAAAUAGAGCAGUAAAUGUUUGCACAACCUGGUGAACUACUCGUAUGUACUUUAAUUCGUAAAAAACAAAAACUACUCGUAUUUACAACGGCCGUUACUUACAUUCAUUCUCCUUGCUCUCUUUUGAUUUGGAAAAAGGCUACAAAGGCAACAUCAAAUAAAGAAAGAGUAAAGGGGAGUAAAGUUCACGAAGCAAACCACCGAAUACUAAAAGUGAGGAUAGAAUGAAUACGUCAUAAUUGUUGGUUUAAAGGUUACCAUGGAGCUUGUGCAAAACAUUGUUAUUUUUUUAUAUAUUUUUUUCUUUUAUUAUUCUUCAUACUCUACUGCUAGAUUUGAUAGUUAUUUUCAUAUGAAUGUACGUUUGAAUGUUGUAUAUUUAUUUAGUCAUUGAAUAGGCUUGAAUUUUCUGGUGGCGAAUUAGUGGCGCCUUCAUGUGUAGCAAGCAGACUUACUUUUACGAACCUACAAAUAUUACACAAGGAAAAAAAGGACAUUUUGUUAGUAUUUCAACGGUAAAUCUAAAUAGACAUCUCAAUGGUUUGGGGCUAACAAAACAAAAAAGUUGUAAAAAGUUCAAUUUGUUAUUAGUUUUUAUUUGUUGUAGUCAUCGCUGUAGGCUGGCGUCGCUGCGGUUGACUCAUUCGAUAGUUCGUUUAUACACUCGUAUGUUCUUACGAACGAAAUUUACAUACACGCGAAAACAAAUAUGAAGCAAAUUAUCCUUUGUGUGUCUCGUCCAUUUUUCAUUUUUUGUCAUUCAUUCCGUUUUGCUGUUCAUUAGUGUAGAGUGUUAGAAGAAACAGGAUAAUUUGGUUUUGUAAAGUCGUCUUUUUGUUCUAUUGGAAAUUUGUUCGAUUAUUUAUUUUUAAAAAGAAUAAAUUUAUAAAACCGUUUCGUUCACAAAGCUAAAGUGUUUCGUUGUUAUUGUUGUUGCUGUUGCUUAGAUAGACCGGGAUAAAACGGGUAAGACUCUCCACAACAAGAUGCCAUCAGCACCUACACACACUGCCGAGGAGGCUCGUCUACUGGGAACCAUGCCAGUUGAUCCCAUGGACGAUAUUGAGCUGCGCUCUGUGCAAUUGCAAUUCCCUCAUGCUCGUGGCUCUAUUAUUGAUGCUUGCGACCAAAGACGCAUACCAACGGAUAAAGGUGAUGUUUUAGUGGCUAUACAAGGUGAUACAACGAAACCAGCCAUUUUAACUUAUCAUGAUUUGGGAUUGAAUUAUGCAACCAGUUUUGCUGGAUUUUUCAAUUAUCCUUUGAUGCGAGGUUUAUUAGAAAAUUUCUGCGUUUAUCAUGUAACUGCACCGGGCCAAGAGGAAGGCGCACCCACUUUACCAGAAGAUUACAUUUAUCCAACAAUGGAAGAACUGGCCAGUCAAUUACAAUUUGUUUUAUCCCAUUUUGGUCUCAAGUCGGUUAUUGGCUUUGGCAUUGGAGCUGGAGCAAAUAUUUUGGCACGCUUUGCAUUAGCUCAUCCCGAUAAAGUAGGAGCCAUGUGUCUUAUUAAUUGUGUUUCUACCCAAUCGGGAUGGAUUGAAUGGGGCUACCAAAGUUUUAAUGCCCGUUAUCUACGUACUAAAGGUAUGACUCAAGGUGUAAUUGACUACUUGAUGUGGCAUCAUUUCGGACGUAAUCCCGAGGAACGUAAUCACGAUUUAGUACAAAUGUACAAACAGCAUUUCGAACGUGGUAUUAAUCCCACCAAUUUGGCCAUGUUCAUCAAUUCUUACAUUCAUCGCAACGACCUUAAUAUCUCACGUACACCACCCGGUACACCUGGAACUGAACCAUCUGCUGCAACUUUAAAAAUGCCUAUUAUGAAUAUAACUGGUGCUUUAUCACCACAUGUUGACGACACCGUAACAUUCAAUGGCCGUUUGGAUCCAACCAAUUCGACAUGGAUGAAGAUAUCGGACUGCGCCAUGGUUUUAGAGGAACAACCAGCUAAGUUGGCCGAAGCCUUUAGGCUUUUCUUACAAGGCGAAGGCUACGCUACGCCGCUUUCAACACCAGCAUCAUCACCUUGCGGUACUAAGUACUUAUCGUAUUCGAAUAUUUUCUUUGCCAACUUUAAAGAGGAACAGGAACGGGUCUUGGCCGAGAAAUUGAAACAUCAGCAGCAACAACAACCCACACGUAUACGCACCAAUACUCGUUUGUGUCGCGAAACAGCCAUUAACAAUAACAAUGAUUGCUCAUCGGAAUCCCAGGACUACGUAUCAACAUUGGAUAAUGGAAACGUGCAAAUCAAUGAAACUGCCAAUAUUUUAUAUGAACACAAUUCCGAAAUACUAGACAACAUCGACGAGGAGGAGGAAUGCUCAUUAAAAAAGCACACUAUCAAUGGAACAUUGUACACAACUGCAUCCACAAAUGGUGGUCCAACCGCACAGUCAAAAAAGAUACGCAUUACUGAAAACCCACUGCCGGAACCAGUUAGCUGUUAAAUCAUUUUAGAAAUUCAACAGAAUUUCAUAAUAAUAAUUGCAUGAGUAUGUUUUCGUAAGUUUAGUUUUUUAGUUCCAUUUUCCUUCAUACCACUCUAGUGUACCACAUCCUUUCCCACUACCAUUUCCUCCUUCAAGACACUUAAGUAUUGAUCAAUCUUUAACUUAUAAUAGUGGUUUUAUAUAGAUAGAUUGGAUAGUGUGGCUUUCCUAAACUAAUUAGUUGUAACACACGAGUUUUAUUAUUAUUAAUUAAUCUAGUUAUCAACAAAUUGUAAAAGAGAAUCAAUUUACUUAUGCUUUUUGUAGUGAAGAAAUCCAAAUAAUGAAUAAUAAUAAUAUCAAAGACUCUACAGCGGAAUGUCGUUUAUAUGUAUUCCUGGAAUAUAAAUAUAAUGCUACUCAACAAAACAACAAAAAGGAUCUGCCUACAUUUGACUACUUGUACUAUAAAAUCCCAUUCACAAAAUUCUCUAAAUUCUGAAGUCCAAAAUAAUUAAUUUGAAUUUCGUUUGACGUCAAAUAUUGUUUCAAAUGUCAAUUUUCACAAAACUUGACGGUCUAUAUCUAUAUAAAAAUUUAGUAUCGACAUUCUGCUGUAAGUUGAUUAUAUUAGUUUUAAGUUAUACAAUAUUGUAUAUCUAAAAAUACGUCCAUAUUGUUCAAAUGUUUGACGAAAUAAGCCCUGAUGUCUGCAAAUAUUGAUGAAACGAACAAUAUAAAUAACAACUGUGUUCUAUUAAAAAAUUAUUUAUCAAAAAGUAAAAUAAAUAGAUUUUUAGUCGUGCAGCUUAUUUCGACAAAUAUUCUAGAAAAUAAAACUUAACUAAAUGGAAUUUUAUUUCAAAUAUUUUUUGUUCAAUUUGUUUGUGAUUGUAGCAGAAAUUAAUACAUAUGUAUGAAUUUAUGUAUAAGCGAUACUUUAUAACCCCCAAAACAGUUGUUUGUAGUUAGUUAAGUAGAAUCUAAAAGAAAACACUUUCAAAUUGUUAAUGAAUAUAUUAAAAAUUAGAUAAUUAUAAAUGUCCAUUUUAAUUUGAAACCCAAAUUUAGAAUAACGAUAAUAAAAUUAUGUAUUUUCAUAGAUGUUAGAUAAUGCCGCUAUCGAAACUUGGAUAAAGUUAUACAUAGUUAAAAGCAUAACAAGCAAAUAGGAAAAAUCACUAAUAAUUUAUUGUAGAACGUUUCAAAAUUUUUGUAAAUUUAAACAUUUCAAUGCGUUCUUUUAUAAACUUUCUCAUUUGAAUUGAAGUCGCAAUAUUUUUUUUGAAAAAUUGCAUUUCCACUCAUAAAUUAUUUUGAAAUUUUAUUACGAAUAGUUGAAUUUUUAGUUCACUUUGUGCCUGAAAACACAUAUGGAAACACACUUACGCAUACACACAAAUUUAAAACACAUUAAUUUUAUUAAUUAUAAAAAUAAAAAGAAAAACAAGUAAAAAACUGCGAGCUUUCAAUACGAUAAGAAGAAAAACUGCUUAAAUUUAAAAAUAACCAAAAAGGCACCAAAUUAUAAAAUUAUUUCUUAUUAGUUACUUCUUUUUUUAUUGAAGCAAUAAUAAUUUGACAGUGCCUCUUUAAAUGAUAAAUACAUAAAUACAAACAAUAAAAUAAGUAAAUAAAUAUUAUAAAAAAUAAAUAAAACUUUAAAAGGAACCAUUGUAUAGCAUAUCAAAAAAAAAUGUUACGGUAUUUAUUACAACAAAACCAAACAACUUAAGGAAUUUAAAACAAUUGAUUUAUUUUUUUGUAAGUCAUUUUUAUUUAUUUUUUAAACUCUUAAAAAGCAAAAAAUAUAU